AUGGCACUCCGCGGGACCCUCCGGCCGCGCAAAGUUCGGAGAAGGCGAGAGAUGCUGCCGCAGCAGGUUGGCUUCGUGUGCGCGGUGCUGGCCCUGGUGUGCUGUGCGUCUGGCCUCUUCAGCGGCUUGGGAAACAGAACAACUUCUGCUAGCAAACGUAUUCUGCCAGACACGUGGAGAAAUAGAAAGUUAAUGGCACCGAUGAACGGGACUCAUACAGCUAAGAACUGCACAGAUCCUGCGAUUCACGAGUUCCCCUCAGACCUGUUCUCCAACAAGGAGCGACAGCAUGGAGCCAUCCUACUGCAUAUCCUCGGUGCUCUGUAUAUGUUCUAUGCCUUGGCCAUAGUAUGCGAUGACUUCUUUGUUCCGUCUCUAGAGAAGAUCUGCGAGAAGCUCCAUCUGAGCGAAGAUGUGGCUGGAGCCACCUUCAUGGCUGCUGGAAGCUCGACGCCGGAGCUCUUUGCUUCUGUUAUUGGCGUAUUCAUCACCCACGGAGACGUCGGGGUGGGGACCAUCGUGGGCUCUGCUGUGUUCAAUAUCCUGUGUAUAAUUGGAGUGUGUGGCUUAUUCGCUGGGCAGGUGGUCCGUCUGACGUGGUGGGCCGUGUGUCGAGACUCUGUGUACUACACCCUCUCUGUCAUCGUGCUCAUUGCGUUCAUAUACGAUGAGCAAAUUGUGUGGUGGGAAGGCCUGGUGCUCAUCAUCUUGUAUGUGUUUUAUAUUCUGAUCAUGAAGUACAAUGUGAAGAUGCAAGCCUUUUUCACAAUCAAACAAAAGAGCAUUGCAAAUGGCAACCCAAUCACCAGUGAGCUGGAGGCUGGUAAUGAUUUCUGUGACGGUAGCUAUGAUGACCCUUCCAUGCCAUUGCUGGGCCAAGUGAAGGAGAAGCCACAAUACGGCAAAAACCCCGUGGUGAUGGUGGACGAGAUCAUGAGCUCCAGCCCUCCCAAGUUCAGCUUCCCCGAAGCAGGCUUACGCAUCAUGAUCACCAGUAAGUUUGGGCCCAGGACCCGACUACGGAUGGCCAGCAGGAUCAUAAUUAACGAGCGGCAGAGACUGAUCAACUCGGCCAAUGGUGUGAGCAGCAAGCCGCUUCAAAAUGGGAGACACGAGAACAUUGAGAACGGGAAUGUUCCUGUGGAAAACCCUGAAGACCCUCAGCAGGAUCAGGAGCAGCAGCCGCCACCACAGCCACCACCCUCAGAGCCAGAGCUGGGCGAGCCUACCUUCCUGUCUCCCUUUUCUGUGCCUGAGGCAAGAGGGGACAAAGUCAAGUGGGUGUUCACCUGGCCACUCAUCUUCCUCCUAUGCAUCACCAUCCCCAACUGCAACAAGCCCCGCUGGGAGAAGUUCUUCAUGGUCACCUUCAUCACGGCCACGCUGUGGAUUGCCGUAUUCUCCUACUUCAUGGUGUGGCUGGUGACUAUUAUUGGAUACACCCUUGGGAUCCCUGAUGUCAUCAUGGGCAUUACUUUCCUGGCAGCGGGAACGAGUGUUCCAGACUGCAUGGCCAGCUUAAUUGUGGCAAGACAAGGCCUGGGAGACAUGGCUGUCUCUAACACCAUAGGAAGCAAUGUGUUUGACAUCCUCGUAGGACUCGGCAUCCCAUGGGGCCUGCAGACCAUGGUGGUUAAUUAUGGAUCCACGGUGAAGAUCAACAGCCGGGGUCUAGUCUAUUCUGUGGUGCUGUUGCUGGGCUCCGUCGCUCUCACUGUCCUGGGCAUCCACCUGAACAAGUGGCAGCUGGACCGGAAGCUGGGCGUCUACGUGCUGGUUCUCUAUGCCGUCUUCUUGUGCUUCUCCAUAAUGAUCGAGUUCAACGUCUUCACCUUCGUCAACUUGCCGAUGUGCCGGGAAGACGACUAA